UCUCGCUGAAUCGUCUCGUGUGUCAGAGGAUUAUGAAAUGAAAAAUGAGUCGAGACUGUCCUCAUGUCUGUGGUCUCUCAGCUUUUUUAUAAUUAGAUCAGAUUUGAAAAUAUUCUGGUAUAAAGUCAGCUCUAUGCCAUCAGAGCAGACCUUUUUUUUUCUACAUGAAACAACGUUUUUCUGUUUUGACCUCCUGGUCUGUUGGUUUCAUGCAGGAAACACUGAGAGGACAACAGAGCUGAGAGUCGUUCAGGAGCCGACAGUCUCUGAUCAGCUCCGUCCAGGAGACUUGAUGUCUCUGCAGUGUUCAGUCCUCUCUGACCCGGACAGUAAAACGUGUCCCGGAGGUCACAGCGUGUUGUGGUUCAGAGCCGGAUCACAUGAAUCUCGUCCAGACAUCAUCUACACUGCUGGAAACAGACGUGAUGGAUGUGAGGAGAGAUCUGCCUCUCAGAAAAGCUGUGUUCAUCACUUCUCUAAGAACAUCAGCUCCUCUGAUGCUGGGACUUACUACUGUGCUGUGGACACAUGUGGACGCCUUUUAUUUGGAGAUGGGACCAAAGUGGACGUUGAAGGGAAGUUUUCACUGAAGGAAACCACAGUUACUUUUCUGCUCUGUGCUGCCUUGGCCCUCACGCUCAUCGUUAUAGCCUUCCUUAUUCAUGCCAUCAAGACAAACAACAACGCAUCUGAUGCUUUGGGAGAAAACUGUGAUGUUUGGAGAAGACAGAUGUUGGAGAGUUUAAAGAGAGAUCAGGUUUAUUCUGCCGUCGUCUUUACCGUGAUGAAAUCGAAGAAAGGAGCAAAAGCAGCGGAGAAAGAGAGGAUCUACGCCGCUGUGAAGGCUUUUGAGAUGGAUCAGUGA